AUGGGUCUCAAGACAACGGAACGGCCACCGACCCCGGGAUUCCUCGACUGUUCACCCAAGACUCUCGCUGAGGUACUUGAACCAUCUCCUGCCCGGCAGGACCGAAGCGUACCUCAUUAUUCCAUGCUGCAGGGAAGCGGCGCCGGAGGCGUCACUGGACCGUGGAGUGUGUCGACAGUGGUGCCGGACACGAGGAGCCGUGAGACGGACAAUGCCGGCAACUGCGGCGGCCGGUCUCCUCGGGACGGGCUGGUCCGGGGGACCACCGGCGCUAGUAGGACCUCGCCACGUCUCGCCUCUCCGACCGCCGAACGGCACCUCGCCUCCCUGCUGCAGCAACUGCGGCGGGAACGAUCACAUCAUCUAAACCACCUUCACCAGUGCCACAGGCUUGAGCUGUGGCAAGGGGCCGAAGUUGGCAGCACCGACAAUAAGAGGCCUCCGUCUCCAGGGCUCCAGGUUUACAGUAACUAUGUGUCCGUCAGCCCCAGUGAAGACAUGUCCACACAUCGCACUGAGGUGUUCAGGCACGACAAUAGAAGCACGAAUGAUAUUCCUACCAGGGUCGUUCUCUACAAGAAUAAACUGGCAGAUCCCUCACAUUUUCUUCAUGGACACUCGCUACCCCAAACUCCAACAGGGGUCGGAGUGUCACUGAGAAAUGGCAUGGGCCUGUCAUCAGAAGAGCAUGGCAGGACAUUCUGCCAGGAAGACUGGGCCGAUGAUCAACUUCUGUGGCGGAGCUUGCCAACCAGUGUGGGUGUGAGUGGUGUCACUGAUGGCUCUCACGGAUUUCCUGACGACGAUUACAUGGCAGGGCCAACAUUUGGCGUCGGUAUGAGUGCGAGCUACUAUGGCGGCCGGCGACCACACUCCCGUCACCUGAGCUCAAAGGUGGAGAUGGUGUACUCUCUGCUGUCCAUGCUGGGGACACAUGACAAGGAGGACCUGAGUCGGACAUUGCUCACCAUGUCUGGUUCCCAGGAGAGCUGUAUAGCUAUGAGGCAGUCGGGCUGCCUACCGCUGCUCAUACAACUCCUGCACGGCAGCAACCAGCAGCAGGAAGGGGAAUCACAGGAGAGCCAGGCCGAGCAGCGCCGAGUUGUGCGAGAGCUGCGGUUGCGGGCGAGCCAGGCACUGCACAACGUCGUGCAUGCCCACCCGGACGACCGUCAGAGCCGCCGUGAGGCUCGGGUCCUGCGUCUUCUGGAGCAGAUUCGAGACUUCUGCGACUACUUGCACGACCUCGAGGCAUGCAUUGCAGAGCCCAACCAGAAUGAACCUGGUGACCAACAUCCAGGAUCAGCUAUUGCAGCUCUCAUGAAGCUGUCCUUUGAUGAAGAACACAGGCAUGCCAUGUGUCAACUUGGUGGUCUGCAGGCGAUAGCAGAGCUGAUCCAGGUGGACCAGACCAGCCAUGGCAACACAGCUGAGCCGAGCUGCGUGACAUUGCGACGAUAUGCCGGCAUGGCGUUGACGAACCUGACCUUUGGUGAUGGUACUAACAAGGCACUGCUCUGCUCCAUGAAAGGCUUCAUGCGUGCCCUAGUCUCACAGCUGCACUCACCCAGCGAAGACCUGCGACAGGUGACUGCCAGUGUGUUACGCAACCUGUCAUGGCGAGCGGACUCGGGAAGCCGCGAAACCUUGAGGGAGGUUGGCGCGGUGCCUCUUCUUAUGGAGGCUUCAAUGGAGGCCCGCAAGGAGGCUACGCUCAAGAGCAUCCUCUCAGCACUCUGGAACCUCUCUGCACAUUGCACUGCCAACAAGGUGGACAUCUGCAAUGUGGAAGGAGCACUGGCCUUUCUUGUUGGCACACUCACCUACCGCAGCCCUUCCAAGACGCUGGCCGUCGUCGAGAAUGGGGGUGGCAUCCUUCGCAAUGUGUCCAGCUACGUUGCACUGCAGGAAGAGCACCGACAAACCCUUCGGGCACACAACUGCCUGCAGAUUCUCCUCAAGCAGCUCAAGUCUCCCAGCCUCACUGUCGUCAGCAAUGCCUGCGGCACACUGUGGAACUUGUCUGCACACUGCGCCCAAGACCAGCGCACCUUGUGGGAGAUGGGUGCUGUGUCGAUGCUGAGGAACCUCAUCAAUUCCAAGCACAAGAUGAUUGCCAUGGGCAGCUCGGCAGCUCUCAAGAACCUGCUGACAGCUGCUACGGAGCUGAAGCUGGCCGACUGCGACGGUUGCAACAACAACAAGGACGACAAUGACAAUGAGAGCCUGCCAUCAUUGGCGGUUAGGAAACGCAAGGCUCUGGAGACUGAGCUUGAUGCUAGCUUGUCGGAGACGUGCGACAACAUAGACAGUCCCCGUGCAAGUCCCACAGGAGACCCACGGUUUGGCUUUGACUUUCACCAGCCAGACAUUUUGGAACGGUUCCACACUUACCUUCCAGGGAGAAUGUAUCACAGCAUUGGUGGCGAGAGAGACGUUCCACGGUCGGACAGCCGCGACAGCAUUGGAAGCACGCAGUCAGAGCCAACACACUUGAGGCCUCCGCAAUCGGUGUUCUCUAGACAGCGGCGCAGGGGCAAGCAGCUUUUAGAGCGAUAUGGGCGGGGUGGUGAUUUUGGCAACUUGAAUCUGGCACUUGUGAAUCCAUACUUCCCUCAUCAUAGCUUAGAGGAAGAAGAUGCAGAAGCAUUGAAUGGAAAUGACUUGGAAGAGCCCCCAAAUCAGACCUUGGGUCAUAGAAAUGGCUUACCAAUGGGACCCCUGUGGCGAGACCCCAGUGAGUGUGUGAGGAGAAGGUUGGAUGACAGCCUUGAAGAGGAUGAUGAGGAGGAUGCUGAAGAUGGCGAGGAGGAUGACUUGGAAGUGGAUGCCUGCAGAAACAACUCUGACUCUGCUGGCCUGAGGCACCUGCAUAGCACGAAGCCUCUAGAAAGGAGUCGCAGGGAAGUUCAAGAGAUCCAGAGGAUCUUCGAGAGGGCACAGAGUCCGCAAACUUCACUUCGAGGCCUACAUGUCCAGUGUGCUAACGACACAGUUAUUUUGACUGACCUGGGCAGCUUGGAAGACAUAUCAGAUGUGGUUGUUUCGUCCGCUUCAAAGCAGGAACUUGAUUCUGAGGACAAAGAAGAGGAUGAGUGCCUGUCUGAUGACGAGGACCUUUUAUCUCCUCCUCCCCAAGUGGACGAAGACGUAAGUGAGGCAGCUGAAGGAGACUGCAGUGAUGCUCGCAGUAUGCUCGCAGUGAUGCUCAGACAAGUUUGGCAUUUGGUGGCUCUACCAAGGGCAGUGGGAUUCCCAUUAAAGCUAGCUUCACCAAACCACCGUCCAGGAAAGAUGGAACAGUCACAACAACUUGGGCUUCACGGCCUUCAGAGUAUCCCACAGAGGUCAAUUCCAUUGAGCCAGCCUAGUGCUGCGAACGAAGGGCCGGAACGACAUUCCAGGGGGUCCUCGGAGCUCAUGGAUAUCACGCCGGGCACCCCAGACACGUUGGAGCAAGUUCGUUCGGAGACGGGCACUGUGACUGUUUCGCAUGCACCAGCCAGCAUUGAAGCAGGUGGACAUCCAGGUGCAAUGCCAUCUUCGCAGCUGUGUUGUCAACAACAGCAGCAGGCUGUUGCACCCAUGGUCAGCAGAAAGCCAGCUGGCCACUGCUGUAGCUUCGCCCACUCUACACCGGCACCGUCUCUGCGCGAAUACAUUUACGGCAAGAAGAAAGCCGGUUCCAAACCACCGGUGGCAGUGAAGCCACUGCAGUUGCAGCAACACAGUGUGCCAUGUCCAGAGCAGUCCGAAGGUUCUCAAGCUGACACACCACAGCCAUUUCUACUAGCAAGUAGUUCCAGUCCGUCAAUCACCAAAAUACCACAGUCUGGGAGGCCUAGCCUUGUUGCUGCUCCAAAGGUCCGGACAAAUGCAAACUCUCCUGCAUUGCCACAGGCUUUCUCAGGUAAUGCUGGGAAGCCCCAGCAUGCAUCUGACAGCAUGUGCCACUCUGAACCAGGACCAUCGACUUCGAGGACUUCAGCAGCAGACGAACCCGCCAUGUCCUUCAGAGAAAAAAUUGAGAGGUUCAACCAGCUACCGAAAGAUUCCUCUUGCAUUCCCCAGAGGCAUUUCGGUUAUCAAAACAAGACGAGAAAGACUGAAUGCAACCUUGGCAUGGCAAGCUCUCUUACCCAGAAUGACAAAAACACUUCCGAAGAGAAGGGAAAAAAAGAUGAGCGGGCUCAAGAAAAACUUCGGCCUCAACCUGCUAAACUAAUUGAUGAUGAUUCGGAGAUGCCAAGUUCUGCAGAAUCUAGGUGCACAAGCCUUCCGUCAUCAUCGAGUACGAGCUCAUCAACACUGAAAGCGCCCCCAUUGACACAGCAUGUUCAGCCUGUCAUGAAUGGAAUGGUUGCAAGGCUCUUUGAUGAGGAAGUGCCAGCUAUAACAUUAAAUGCUGGGAAUGCAGCCCUUGAGGCUAGGUCAGUGAGACCUGACAUCGAGGAUGUAAUGAUGCAAAGUACGACAAGCUUGAUGUCCGACCUAGAAGGUGCGAAGCCUCCAUCUGUCAUGGGAGACCUUCUGUCCAUGAGCAUGACGAGCAGCGGCCUUUCUGAGGAUGUCUCAUCGAACGGAAAGUGUGGGAAGGCGCCAAAGCGUGGCCGUGUACCAGAGACUGUGCGGCGCGCCCUGGGAGCAUCGAUGGAGUCACCUUUCAGCGAUUGUGACCUCCUAGAUUAUGUCGGACCACCUUCCGCCAUGGGUUCAAUCGAGAACCUUAGCAUUCGCAGCAGAAGCGGUCAGUCCGACGAUCUUAACAACGUCAACCCACCUUCCACGAUGGAUGACCUCUCAAUGAGUGGCAGCUGUAUGAGCCUUAACAGCAUACCUAGUGACGAUGACUUAAACAGUCAGUCCAGUCCACUUGUGCCGGAACCCACUUCAAGAAGGAUGUCUAAGAGGGGCAGUGACAUGUCAGAGCGACUAAAUGCAGCUGCCAACAUGGCACAAGUAUACUCCCGUGAGCUAAACUCACUUGUAAAUGGCAGCAUGAAGAGCAGUAGUGGUACUUCAGAAAUGCUUGAACAUGUGCAACCUCCCUCAGUCUACCAGGAUAUGAAUGAAGUGACAUUCGAAGACAUGACAGAAAUGGGUUCUGAUGGGUUUGCAUCUGAUGUCGAAUUCGAUGGUGACCUGAUGCACGAUGAUGAUGUUCCGCUGACGUCCACAACGGAGACACUGCGACUUCCAGCCGUCUCCUCGUUGCAGAAGGAAGAGCAGUUUGGAGAUAGCACAGAAAAUCUGGCCAGCACAUCAGCAGACAUAGAACCCUUGGAAUCUGAUGAACACUUUUCAUCACCGGCUCAUCAUAGUUCUUCUCUUAGCCGCAGCAGCCCAUCAAAAAGAGUCCAAUGCCCAGCUGUUGACGUCGGCCCACCAUCUUUGCUUGGAAUGCCAGUGAAACAAGCUAGGGAGAGGUUCUAUGACGUUUUUUGCCAAAGAAAAGAUGACAAUGCAAUUGAUGAUGAGACCUUCUCGCUGAUAUCUAAUGAUUCUGACCGAGAGAACACAGAUGAUGCUGCCCAGCCAGAGUUGCAGGAGAAUGCAGAAUCCCUGUUGAGGCCCCCCUCAUCCCGAGGGCCACGAAUAGUGAAGCCAAUAAACAGGGAGACAAUUCGGCAAUUACAGGACAAGAAGGAGCAGGAAAGAGCCAGUGCAUCUCCACCGGUCGUCCGCAGGCGAGAAUCACUUCCUUCAAAGGUUGGUGCCAAACGUACUGGUUCACCAAAGCAGUCCAUAUCCCCAAACCCUUCCCCUAUCAAGCAUACUAAGGCCUCAGCGCUUAGAGCUUCACAAAAUCAGAGGUCCUCGUCUGAGGGAUCACGGCAAGUGAAGAGCACAUCUCCACAGCGGUUCGUGCGUACUGCUCCCAGCUCACCCGGUAAGACAUUGAGCGAAAGGCCAGGACUUCGAACACCUCGAGUCCUGACAAAGACUAUUACAACAAGUGCAGGGAAUUCGCAGGUUCACAGGCCUAUUGGGCGGCCGAAGAGUUUGGAACAAGAUGCUAGGGCAACAGCGGCAACAGACUGUUCAGACACUUCUCUGGCUCCUCCACCCCUUGUUAGACAGGGUACUUUCACUAAGGAGUCUCCCACAGACCCCACAGCAUCAGUUACGGUGGGCACAGAUCCAAAACAGUGCAAGUCUUCGGUGCAGGAUGGUGCUGCGGCCAAUAGCGGACGAUCCAGCACUCACAGCAGCCCUCAGCACUCUUCGCGAGGACCAGCAAAGAGCGCUUCGACUCCAAGUGUUCCAGUAAAUAGCAGCCGAUCAUCUUCAAGCGGUGGUGCAGUGCAAAAGAGGAGGACAAUUCCACACUCUCCAAGCUCACAUAGCCUCGGCGGUGACGACAAAAAGGGGCCUUAUGUACGUAGUCUCAGCAGUGGGGGAUUUCUGGCUUCUGGUGCCCAGGUUCAGAAAUCUGGAAGUGCCGCUAGUCUGAACUCACAGUCUAGCUCUGGCAGUGCAGCGAUGCCCCGUGGCAGAGCACCGGCUCCACCCAGGAAAGACACUGUUCCAAGCAAACUCUCAUCUCUGUGGAAGCGCAAGGGCUCCUCUCCACCUGCUUCCACCACAGCAGUUAAUUCUGCAAAGCCUGGUGUCAAAUCAACGGCUAGAUCUGAAAGGUAAUGCACAAGGGAGUCUAGCGGUCCUUCUGCUGCAAACAAGCAGUCGCAGCAGCCUGUAAUCUGUAGGAGUUCUACUUACGAAAAGCUGACAGACGUCGGUAUUGAAUCGGAGAUUGACCUGGAGUCUUCUUCAAAGGGUCGCUCGAGAAUGCCAAACUUGACUCAGCAACAGCAACAGAACCUUCAUCGGUCUUCUGUGCCUCCGGCUCAGCCUGCGAAGGCCGUACGACCAACUAAUUUCUGGAAGAAGCUGGCGGAACCAUCCUCGUCUCAGGCUUUGUCAUCACAGUCUUCCACGAAGACAGUAAUGGGCUUUGCCGCAAGCACUAAGCGUGUGUUUGGCACCACGAAGAUAUCAGAUGCCUCAGCGAGUCCCGUGGUCUCUCCUUCCUUGCUGCCUUCUGGUAAGGAGAGUUGCAGACCCACAGUUCUCGCGCUCAGGCUCAACAGCCCUGUAGCGGCAGCAUCCCCUUCACAGCAGCCACUGCACUCACCCAUGCUUCACAGUCCAAUGAGUCAGCUGGGGGCGACAGCCUUGUCGCCCACUGCAGACUCCAAGGGCUCAUCGCCAGCAUCGGCUGUGGUGUCGCCGUUCAAUUACAAGCCGAAGACGCCCACCACUCCUGGAGGCACACGCUCCCUGAUCCCUGCUCCCGUCAAACUGGCUGGCACCCCACGGUGUGCCGUUGAACAGGAGCUGCAGGUCAAGUAGGCAUUGUGUCAUUCUGGGGCAGCUCAUGGACAGGUGUUGCGUCAAUAAGUUGAGCGGUCUGGUGCAUGGUGUUGCUGGAAGCCUGUGUCAUAGACUGCUUGCUUCAUUGCGCAUGGACGGUAUGCUUGUAGAGAAUGUUUACUUGAAUCAGGUGGUCACAUGUGGAAGCUCAUGCUUGCUUGAGAAUGUCUUUGGGUGUGGUGAAGUCUUUAGGUAGUGCUUCACCAAGUUUUAUUGGCAGUUUUGGAAGAGCCAAUAAAUAAUAUAAAGUCUAUUUCCAUCAAGUUACUUAGGACACAAGUAAGAGCUGUGCCAACCCUUAUUUGCUUUUUGCCUCCUUUCACAAAGCUGGAAUUUCUAUAUUACUACAAACACCUUGAAAUACCAAUAUAAUUAUUGUAUACUGCUUACGACACAGCUUUUAAGCUUCUGUUCAGUCUAUGUGUAGUGCACCAGGUCCUGCGUGCUUCACACAAUGUAGUCUUCAUUUGCCGAGUGCGUGCUGACGAGCUCUUUUGCCAACACAUGAUAUAUGCUUUUAUGUUCGCUAACCUGAUUUUUCUGCAUUCAUAAGAAACUGGCACAUCCAAAGUGCUAUUGCAUAAUGUACAUCAUAUAAUAAAGAAAGUUAAAAACAUUGUAAUAGAAAGGUUACAGAACUUAGCCAGUCAGUGGAUAUUCGACAUUUUUAAAGCGUAUGCUGAAGGGAGAUGAACUCUGUGCAGCGCAAUGAAAACAUGGGGAAUUUCGGUCUAGGUUUUGCUUGAACACCACCUGACUACAAUUGAGAUGGAAUCUAAUUUUAUGCACUGGGAGCAGAUAUGAAACCAAAUGUAUGUCCGUUCCAUCCAUCAUACCGACUAGUUGACAGUAAUAAACUGUCGGCAGAAAAGUCACACAUCCGUCAAAUAUUUCGGUCCAGCCACUUAAGUAGAGAAGUACAUAGUGAUAAACCAUUUAAGUGCAACAUUAGCCAGCACUGACCAACAUAAAAAACGAUGCAUGUUCUUGCCAAAUUCCUGACAGCUUUCAUAGGCAGCUGUUUUGUAAAGCAAAUGUCUCAUUACAACCACAUAGGGUAUGAUAAACACAUAUUACUUUGAGGCUGAAAUGCAUAUGAGCAGUUCGCUUAUGCAUCUUGAAGUGCUGGAAAGAUUAGGAUGCUGCUUUUGAAAACUUUUCAUUGCUGUGUUGUGCUCAUGCAUACACUGAAGGCGGUGUUUUAUAAAUCUUUGUCCAUUCAUUGCAAGUGUUGCUUGCCUACUCAUUCAUGCAGCAGAUUCGGAUGCAGUGGUGUGUGUUGGUUUACUGAAGUUUUAGUAGAAAGCAUCUAAGCCCGGGUCAACAUGAUGACUGCACUAUGGCGAGAAAAAAUUUCAUGUGCUCCAUAGUGCACAUGUGCACAUCCAUGUUCAUUUAUGAUAAGGUUUUGUUGGAUGGUGCUUUUGUGCUACAGUCAACCUGGAGCCCCAUGUCACUGUUGUACCAAUGAGGGUGUGAUGGGCCUUCUUAAGUACUUCAGGUUGUAGCUGUGAGGGGCUUGUGUUGAAAAUUCAGUAUGUUGCUUCAAGGCUUUAGUUAUUCAUGAGAGAAGCUAUGAAGCUCUGGAAAAGCAAGCUACUAGUAACAAGAAGGGAAGCUGUGGAGAGGCUUAGACACAUUAUAACAAUGGCUGGGUCACAUGUGACUUCGCUAACGAAGAGCAUCACCAUUGGCAACAUUUCUUUGCCUCAAGAACUCUGAUUUUUGUUGACGAGUUCAGUGCUAGCGAAGCCAUUGGGAGUGAACCCGGCCCACUGAGCUAGUAAUUCGGCUGCUUUCAAGUGGAUGACAUGUAAUUACCAUCUGCUAUUUUGGCCUACAUGCAUAAACCACAUUGGUGGCGCCAUCCCACAACAUUAUGUACAGCCAAGCUGGGGCACAAACUUAUUGAGUUCCAGCACCUUUCAUGCCUAGAAAAAGUUGAAAGAGAGCUGUAAAAAUAAAUCGCUGCUGGAUCGCUAUAAUAUAACAGGAUGAGCAGUAUUUCUACGCACAUUGCCGUGAGAGGCUUGCACACUUUGAUUAAACAAGGACUCGCAAGAGGUCGCAAUUCCAAGCACUGACUUGGUGGGCAACAAUGGCGCUAACAAUAAAUGUGCUUGUACAGACUGGCUUUUCACUCCCUUGCAGGCGAGUGAAGAGCCACCAUCAUUUGCUGCCAGCUUGAAAAACUUCUCAUUUGUUUGUUUGGCUGCAAUUAAAUCUUUUCCUUACAAAUAAGCAAGAAAUGGAAAGUGGCCAUAUCAUGUUUGUUUCUUUUCUUGGGGACAUCUGCUGCAGAUUACUAAGGGUAUUCUGGGGCAACGGUAUUUAUUGGAGAUGUGUGUGGAUUGGUCACUUCAAUAUUUCACACAUCCUCAUUUUUGCGGUGUUUUUGAUGAGUGGUGUCACAUCUGUAUCAUCGUAAUAGUUAUGUCUGACAUUGUUAAGAUCAUUAAUUGUGUAUUAUAUAACUUUAAGGCAUUGCUAGGUUUUAUUGUCAUAAGCAGCUUAUGUAGCUACUAUAUUUAUGGUCCCUGUGAAAAGAAGGCAACACUUGGUGCUUGCUUACUGUUGAUAUGGAGUAAGCACUUGAUGUUCCUCUAGGAUUUUAAACAAAACUUUUGCAUAUUCUAGUCAAUACAUUAUGAGCUUCAGUGUAGCGACGUAACCUUGUGCAGCUGUUCAUAGCAAUGGAUGCGUCAGUAUUGUGUGACGCAUCUAAGAGCUGUCAUUGUCAUGCACUUGUGCCAUUUUUUUGUGCUCUGUGUACGAAGUUUAAAAAAAUUUUUGCUUGCUAUUAGGUCUCUUCAUAGACUUGUUUAACAGCGAUUUAUCUCAUGUAAGGGGUACUUUCUGCUUGUAACUCUGUAGUGUGAAAUUUUCAGUCAUCUGUAGACAACUUAUCUGCUGUCAUGUGCUUGAGCUUCAGUCGUAUUGUUUUUGUGCAACUGCAGACAGGAGGAUUUGAGCACAGUGUAUAAUGUAACGAAAUGUACAGGCACAGCUCCUAGUGUAUCUUGAUGCCAAAUUUUUGUAAGAUCAGUAGGCAAAAGUUUUUCAGUGGGUUUGACUCAUACUUGAGACAGUCUCCUUUUAUCUACUGUAGUUCGUUGUUUUGACAUCCCUGUAUUUAUGUCUACUAUUUGUUCAAGCGAUGCACUUGCUGUAGUCUAUAUAUGCUAUUGCAAUGCUUCGUCAAUAAGCACGACAGUUCGCUUGCGGGCUGUACAUUUUCACCUAUUGUACGAGUGUUCGUGCAUUAUAGUUUGUACAUACUGUACAAAUAGAUGGGUAUUCUAUAUGCAUUCAGUUACAGAUAUGAAUACUAACCAUGUUUAGAAAUGCAUUGCAAUGGAUUUUUAGGUUGAUUCCUCCUUCAAGUGUUGAAAUUGAUAGUUUUUUUUUCUCCCUCUGAUAAUUGCUUUCACCAUAUUUCUCUUUCUGGUAUGCUGCCUGGCUUGCUGCAACAGAGGAGUUGUGUAAUGGAAAUAGCAUGACAUGCCAGUCAUAUCUGCACAUUACAUCAAAGAAGUGUGUGUGAGUGGAGUACAAAUGAAAGGUUACGAAGUUACCCAAUCGUAAAAUAAACGAAAACCCAGUCAUCAGAAA